AUUUGGUGUGAAUCUAGUGGCUGUUUGUGAUAACACAACGGCAGAGCCACAGCUGCAGCUGAACCCUGGGCCAGAGUACAUUCUCAAAGGCUCUGAUUACUGUUUCUACCUGAGUGUGACCAGGGAGGAGAGCAUGAAGAUCCCGUCCAGGCUGCUGGAGCAGAAGAACACUCCCUGUGAUGCUAGGGAGAAGAACAUUGCUCUAAUUGUGAAAGAAAUGAAUAAAUGGAUGGAGGAAAAUGAAGGAGAGCAAGACGAGGUCGAUGAGGAAUCUGUCUUCAGUACAAUUACUUCCAACAUUGGAUCAAAUCUGGCCAAAAAUCUCCGCAGGGGUUUAGAAGCAAUGCCUCUGCUGCCAAAGGGCGGAGGCAGGCUGGUUAGUGAGGGUCCACAGAUCACUACAGACAAUAAGAAAGAGUCCUUUGACCGUGUGCAUGGUGCAACUGUCCCGUCGAAACUAGUGCAGCACAUGAUUGAUUUUGGAAAGGACAAUUUCACCAUUGGCCCUCCACCAAGCACACUCAACCUUGGAACCAGACGCACACUGUGCCACUUACACAAGGAGCCCCGUCUGCUGUGUUGUUUGAAAUGGGGCGAGGCUUGUUCUCACUGCUCAUACAAAAUUGCAUCAGACAGACGGUGGGAUAACCAGCUGGUCAUCUUGUCAGUUCAACAGUCCUCCCCCGGUCUGUACAACUUUGUGAUCCCCUUGCGUUCAAACUACCUCAGCCUGCUGUCUCUAAGUCCAAUCGUCAUUAUGUUUGAGGAGACUCCUAGCAAACUCUUCCUGCAGACCAUAGCUCCGUUUCCACUAGUUUUCUGGUUGCAAGGAUCACUCACCAAUAUAGAUGACCUUCUGGUGGCUGGAGUCAACAAGGCAAUGCAUUUGGUCAUCUCCCACAUCGAGACUGAUCCCGGCGGGGAAGAGAACCUCAGUGAUGCUGAGACCAUCAUCACCGUUCAGAAGAUAUCCAGAUUGUUUCCACAUGUCAACAUUAUCACUGAAGUGAAUGAAGCCUCCAACAUGAGGUUCAUGCAUUUCAAGGCUAAAGACACCUACAUGUUGAAGAUUCACAAACUAGAAAAGAGGCUGAAGGAGCAAGCAGUCACCCACUUACCGUACAUGUUCAGACUGCCCUUUGCUGCCGGCCAAGUGUUCAGUUCUUCUAUGUUGGACAGAUUACUCUAUCAGACAUUUGUCAAGGGAUAUUUGAUCUGUUUUGUGAGGCUCUUACUUGGGAUUGAUGCUGGCAAAAACUCUGGCCAUUUGUCCAGUGUCCGAAUUCGUAGAGCCACUCUCUCCCAGUUUCCCACCUAUGGCGAUUUGUAUCAAGGCUUGUCAUCAACAACUGGGGAAAUUCCCAUAGCUAUUUUUAGAACAGAGAUACAGAGCUCACCUUCUCCGGAGUUUACUAAUGGAAACGCCAAUGGCACACUCACAAACAAUAACAACGUAAAAGCGAAACGCCAUUCAUUUCGCUCAUCUCACAACUCUGAAAACCAUAAAGGAAACCUGAAGUCGUCUCAUCCUUCAGUUGCUGGCUUCGUGGACAAAGACAAGAACAGUCACCGUCACCUGGAGGAUAUGGUCAGGUCAAGGAUGGGCAGUUUGGGAUUAGCCAAUGGGGAUCAGCCGUAUAUAAUUCAGAAGUCUGCCAGAACAAUAUCAUACGUCAUCGUGAAUCCAUCGCCAAUGAGAAAGCUGAAAAAUGGAGACAUGGUAUACGUCAUCCAGCCAAGCUCAAUGCAAGCAGUGCCAAACAAACUCAACCGAAGAGGAGUCAGUUCGAACCAGCUGCUGCUGCGCACUCGCCACAUAAGCAUCAAUACUUCCAUUCACCCUGCCAGGUUAAGUGUGCAGCUGGAAAAAACCAGAAAUGAAUUCUCGCUGAGCCCGUCACGAGCAGGCUUGCUAAACGGCAACGCCAACAAGUCCUUAUUUGCAUUCCCUAUCAGUGAAACUCCGGGAGACCACUCUCUAACACCUCCACAAGUUAGCUGGUUGGAUGUGAAUGAUGAAGCAGCCAGACAUGAUGAAGAUGUCGAUGAGACUGAGCCAGCACAGAUGAGACCUCGGUGCAAGUCCGAAUCUGAUGCCAGUAAGAAAUGCGGUGCUUAUGCCAUGAACCAGGAUGCUGUCGAUGAAAGUCAGGCAUGA